AUGUUCGAUAUCAACGUGCCCACCCAGUUUGGCCGGGCCGCUGUUCGCAUUGCGCUGCCGCCCGCCUCCCUCCUCAGCUUCCCGCCCGCGGAGCUCCCCGCGACAGUCCCCGCGCCACACGUUGCAGAACCGUCAUGGAAGCAGCCCUUCAACAUUCCUGAUGACCUCUAUACCCAGCUGUUGGAUGUGCGCGUUCCGAUCACUAUUGCCAGCGUCUAUGCCGUCACGGUCGUCCUGAUCAACCGCAUCAACAAGAGUCGCGGCUACAAGCCCUACGGCUUCAGCCAUACCCCACUCUUCAAGCUGUUUGUCGUGCUGCACAACGUCUUCCUGGCUGUAUACUCUGCAUGGACCUUCCUUGGUAUGUUCCAGGCCUUUGGCACUGCCUGGGCAGACCGUGACCAGCCCAACGGCCUUGUCGGAGUGGUCGAUUCCCUCUGCAAGAUCAAUGGACCCCGCGGCUAUGGCAAUGCAGCUACCUACAGCCCCAUCACCAACCAGUGGUCGAUUCCCAACCCCGAGUUCAAGCUGACCGGUGGUCUGCCUGAUUCGUCUGACGUUGGCCGUCUGUGGAAUGGUGGCCUGGCCUACUUCGGCUGGAUCUUCUACCUGUCCAAGUUCUACGAAGUCGUCGAUACCGCGAUCAUUCUGGCAAAGGGCAAGAAGAGCUCAACCCUGCAGACCUAUCACCACGCCGGUGCCAUGAUGUGCAUGUGGGCCGGUAUCCGUUAUAUGGCACCUCCCAUUUGGAUCUUUACCCUGGUCAACUCGGCCAUUCACGCGAUGAUGUACACUUAUUACACCCUCACCGCUCUGCGAAUCCGAGUCCCCAACGCGAUCAAGCGUAGCUUGACCACCAUGCAGAUCACCCAGUUCGUCUUCGGUACCAACAUGGCCGCUGCCUAUCUCUUUGUUCACUACACCAUCCCCUACCCCGUUGGAAGUGCCGCUCUGCAGCACCUGUCCAAGGCCGCCCCCGCCGUUGCGACUGCGGUUGCCGAGGCUGGUUCCAUUCCCUGGCUGAAGAAGCUUGCUCUGCGUGCUGCCGGUGCUGAGGGAAUUGCGGAAAACGUUGGUGGAGUCGUUGCUGCCCCUGCUACCGGCUACACUCAGGAGAUGAUGACCUGCAUGGACACCUCUGGUCAGGCCUUUGCCAUCUUGCUCAACGUCUCCUACCUGCUGCCUCUGACCUGGUUGUUCGCGCGCUUCUUCGUGCGAUCCUACUUGAGCCGCAAGGAUCCCAAGCAGCCUACCCACAUGGAGGCCGCGGAGAAGGCUGGCAUGGAUGCCCUCAAGGGCCUUAGCCGCGAGAUUCGGAGGGCCGCCAUCGAGGGCGAGAACAGUGAGAACACUGACGAGGAGGUUGCCAAGGCUCAAGUGCAGAAGGUCUCUGGCCAGACCGUGGACUCCCCCGUCCGUACUCGCGCAUCUGCAGCCAACAAGGCCAAGGCCAAGGCUGCCGCUGCCGCUGCCGCUGCCGCUGCCAACGAGUCAGCCUCGGACGAGGGUUUCUCAACUGUCCCUGCGAAGAAGGGAGCUAAGAAGCAGACCAAGAACGAGCGCGAGUCUGCCUCGAACGUUUCAGAAACCAAGGGUCAGAACCCCUUCGGUGUUCUUGAGAACAAUGCUUGA